UGAGAAAGCAGUAAAUAGAUAUGGGAACGUGAAACAAUACGUGCCAAACCCAGAUUGCUGAAGGAGCAGCUUAAUUUCUUAGGCUUUUGUUUUUUUUUAACCAGAGGCUAAGGUAGCUCUGGGGUCCAUGUUCUGUGAUUUAUAAUUGAUAAAUAUAGCUGAAGUUUCUGAGUUUAGAGAUUCAGAAUUUAGGUGUGGUUGAAUUGAAACACAGAUUUAUCAAAAUGUGUUUCUCAACUGCAGUUUUGUUGUGUUUUUCUUCUAGACCCAGCAUGAAUGACGUUUUAUGCAAAAAACGGGACGACUAUUUGGAAUGGCCUGAGUAUUUCAUGGCGGUGGCCUUCUUAUCAGCACAGAGAAGCAAAGAUCCAAAUUCCCAAGUUGGGGCAUGCAUCGUGAACACAGAAAACAAGAUCGUCGGCAUCGGGUACAAUGGAAUGCCUAACGGGUGCAGUGAUGACCUGUUGCCUUGGCGGAGGACAGCAGAGAACAAGCUGGAUACCAAGUACCCUUAUGUGUGCCAUGCUGAGCUGAAUGCCAUUAUGAACAAAAACUCGGCCGACGUGAAAGGCUGCACCAUGUAUGUCGCCCUGUUCCCGUGUAAUGAAUGUGCGAAGCUCAUCAUCCAGGCAGGUAUCAAAGAGGUUAUUUUCAUGUCUGAUAAAUACCACGAUAGUGAAGAGGCAACCGCUGCCAGGCUCAUGUUUGAUAUGGCCGGGGUUACGUUCAGGAAAUUCACGCCAAAGUGCAGCAAAAUUGUCAUUGAUUUUGAUUCAAUUAACAGCAGACCGAGCCAGAAGCUUCAGUGAGUUACAUCAUUAAAUCUCCAGAAGAUUGGGAUUAUCCUCUUCUAAGAAGCUGCUAAUGCCUUUCAUCUUGAAGUUACACAUAACUUUUUAAUAGCCAGUACAGUGAAAAUAGACAUCUAAGGAAUACAAAGCUUCAAAUCUUCUUCCCUGUCUCUCUUGUCACAUGGAAUCUGCCUCUGUUUAAACUGUUGAUUUAUGGUACCUAUUGCUGGCCUGUCGCACAGAGCUGGGUGGGGGUGCCUCCCCCUCUGGCCCCCGGCCCGCUGGGAUGCUGGCAGCUCUCUGCCGUGGGAUGCAAGCGGCAGCCACUUUUCACUACUACUGCGUGUGCUGGCAGGGGGAUAGGGCCCAAAUGACAGUAGCAUGAAACUAUUUGUUGUAGGGGGUUGAGGGGAACCCCCCCCAACAAUCAAAAAGCCUGUCCUGACAGAUGUUAAGUGGAACCAAGCCGGGGUGCUCACCGUGCACCUGCUGCCCUGCCACAUGCAGUGCAGUGCCAUGUUGUCCCUUUGGGGUGGGUGGGGACUCCUAGUUUUGCCUCUUAUUUUUGAUAUGUCACACGGAGCUCUUACAUUUAGUUGACAUGAGUGAUGAAUUGUUCCUGGAGGAGAGCUCUGUGUACCCCCAGACCAUGCCCCGCAGUGGUGGCCAUUGGGGUUGAGUGGAUGGGAGAGGUGGGUGUCCACCCGCUUCUCUGUGUGGAAACACAGCAUCAUUCCUUCACAGGCCACCGCAGUGCAUUUCCAAGGCUGCUGUGCAACCAAAGAAUAAAUUAAUUUCUAUCCUGUAAGUGAAAUUUGAAGAAUUCGGCCCACCUGGAGGCAGUUUAUUUCAGAUCUGUUGGCGAUUGGAGCUCAUUUGUGCUCCUGCGCAUGCCUUCAUCUGCACAAAUGGCACCUUCCUAAUCACCGGGAGCCGGGGUGCCGCUGUGUACCUCGUCCUUAAUCUCAUUUAAUUUUUAUUAAACACGCUCAACCCCUUUGUUGAGAAAAUGGUUUCUUUAUCCUAAAGAUUAUUACCUUUUAAAGUGUUAGUAUAUUUUUGUGAGUUUUUACUUUGUCUCUGAGGUUUUGUACUCCAUAUUCUAGGGCAUUUUGUAAUUUGGCUCUUUACCCAUAUUAUUAAAACCUUAUUAAAACUACCACACUGAAGUAUGCUCAUUUUUAUAUUAUCAUAAUUAUAUGCUUAACUCUCCAUUUCUGUUGUCUGUGAAGCAUACUACAUAUGCUCAAAGAACAAUAUGAGAUACUAAUGCUGUGGGCUUUCCCCAGGGGUGAUGGGUGAUGCUUCUCUAUGGACUAGAUUUAAAAUGCUAAGAAAAGGCUUUAUAUAAUCUUCAGUCCCCAAUUCUGUCUCCUCUUGCCACCCUGUCACCUUAUUCUCUUUCUAAAUCUCUAUUCUUUUCUCACUUCAUUUCUCUCUUACCUCCUUCAAACCCCUUGCUCCAAAAUGCCUAAAACAAAAUACAAUAAAACCUGUGAAAGCCAGAACCUGUGUAAGGUGGAAACCUGUUAGAGAAGGAAAACUCAAGUAUUUCCCUCUAAAACCAGCAAUAGAAAAGUAAGACUGCAAUAGUAAGAUUGCACGCUGUCAAUCUUUCGAGACCUGGAAAAUCAAGGCAGGCCUGUUCAGUUCAGCUCUCACAGGUUUCACCAUAUAUGUAGAGGAAAUCAAUGUUAGUUGCCCUCAAAUCAACUCUGAUUCAUGGCAACCCCAUGUAUGCAGAGUAAAACUGCUCCAUGGGGUGUUUAAGGCUGUGAACUCUAGGAAGCAGAUCGCCAGGCACCUCUGGGUGGGUUUGAACCGGCAACCUUCCAGUUAGUGGUCGAGUACUUAACCAUUUGUGCCACUGAGAAAGAUAUCAAUAAAACACUUAAAAGACAGAAAACAGAUUUUUAAGUUGCUGAGAAUUAUAGGUUGUUAGGAAGGAAUGUGUAAUCAUUAUAUCACAUUCAUAAAUAUGUCUGGGACUAGUUAGCCCAUAGUGCAUCUAAUUUAUUCACUAAAUUUUGAUACUAACAUUUUGUCCCAGUUUGUCACACUGAGUUUUAAUUGGGGCAGGUUAGCAGGGAAGGGCCCUUGGCUAGGAUGGAAGCAUUUCUAUUGUCAGCCUGUGGUGGAUUGUUUAUGUGGUGGUGAUGCUCUCUCCUAUGGUGGGUCCCUGAGGCUUCCAUCCAGAAACUGUGUUGCAGAACUUGAUUUCCUGGUGACUGGAGUAUAAGUUAUUAUGUCUGAGUUUCUGGUCUCACUACAGGAAUGGUGGAAUCUUCCUGUCCAGAAAAUUCUACAGAUGUCAGUGUUCCAGUUAAUAGAGGUUUGCUUUGAACUGUUGGCCUUUGGGAAAAGCAUUCCAGAAGGAAGGAGUUCUGAGCAGUCUUUUGCCUUUCAGGCAUUACGAGGUGAGACUACGUGAAAGGAGUAUUGCUGCCUGUCGUGGCUAAUAAAUAACAGUAAGGAAGCCAUCUCUCACUGAACCGUUGGUAGAUGAACUACAUUUAAAAGGCAACCUUUGUGAGUGAAAUGAUAGGAACUCCAUUUCCCUGACAUAUUUUAUGCCUUUCUUGUUUUUUUUUUUUUUUAAGGCAUCUAUCCUUAAAGACUUCUGAAAUCCAAUAAGACCCAGCAAUGAAAGUGAUCUAAUAUAUUAGUCAUCUUUUCCUAAAUUAAAAAUGAAGCAAAAUAAGGGAACAAGCAUAAAAAGAGAAGGUUGGAAGAGCUUAUGAAUAAAAGUUUAGGCUUGCAUGACCAUUGAACUAGAGGUCUUGUGUGCCAGUCUUUUUUUUCCCAUGUCCAGAUCUACCUGAGGAUUUAAGCCAUUUAGGUUGAGGAGCAGAUUGUUGCAGAAGGGCCUAGGAAUGCAGAGGAGGUGGUUUUCUUAAUGGUGACACUAAUAAGAAGCUUCAAUGCUUAUCCUUCAUUUGUUUUUGUUUUUUACAGCAAGACAUCUCCAAAAAUGGUAAUUUCAGCAAGUCAUCAACCGGGAAGCCUGCCUAAGGCUCAGUGAGAGGUCCAGAACUCUAAGGAGACUGUGCUUUGCAAACUUGUCUUUUGUCUGAGAAACACACUUAAUGGUGACUAGAUGAUCACUGUCCAAGGAGGUGCAGGCAAGAUAAUGCUGGGCCCCUGACUUUUUGGUGCCAGGAUCACAUUUGGAGGAAAAGGCUUAACAAGUCCAUGGGUCUCAUCGAUCUGGAGCCUGAAAAAAAAGAUCGCUCUUAUUUUUGGCGGCCAAUCACCAAAUCUCUCUGGAAGUUCACGCUUUUUCUUGAGCCCCAGCCCAACAGUUGCUUCUGUUACUCUCUUGAAUGUCCAGUGUUCCCUUACAACCUGGCACCUUGGUCUCUGACUGUCUGCCUCCUUCCUCCAUUCACACAAAUGUCGGGAGGGCUUUCUGACUUUCUAAAAGAUUCUAAAUGUGCUUUCUUUGACCAUUAUGUUAGCUACCCAGGGCUGCCCUGACAAACUACCACAAACUGGGUGGCUUAUAAGAACAGAAAUUUAUUGUCUCACACUUUUGGAGGCUAGUUGCCUAAAUUUAGGGGUCAGCAGGGCCAUGCUCUUUCCGAAGGCUCUAGGGGGAAGGUCCUUUCUUGUCUCUCCCAGUUUCUGGUAGCCCCAGGCAUUAUUUGGCUUACCGCUGCUGCAGUCCCUCCAUCUUUACAUGGCCCUCUCCCCUCUGUCUCUUACAAGGACCCUGGGUGGUGCAAACAGUUGGCACUCGACUAUUAACCUAAAGGUUGGCAGUUCGAACCCACCCAGUGGCGCUAAGGAAGAAAGGCCUAGCAAUAUGUUUCAUUAAGAUUA